AUGCCUUACCCCUUCAGAAGAGCGCAAACGCUGCCAACUCUGACAGCCCAGGAUGAACUGGAAAAUGCCUCGAUUCUCCGCAACGAUGCCGACAAUGGCCACUUCCGCGGUCUGCCUGCAAGCCGACAGUCGAAGAUGAAGGUGCUAGGGAAGGUUCUGUCACGGUGGGCGAUUACGAUGGUCAUCAUCAUCUCGAUUUACGUCGUCAUAUGGACAUACUCCAACAAGACUGUCAUGACACAAACAACGAAGCGGCAGUACAACGCCCUCAUCACCGGUCUCUCGAUUGCGCUGGGUCUCGCGGUGGCGAGUAGUCUCAACCACAUGGUGGCCGAGCUGAGAUGGUGGAUCCUGAGCCGUCGGUACAGGUCGAAGAGAAAGCACACCAUUGCAUUGGCAGCGAGGUCAAAAAGGUGGUCGAUCCAUCUUGCUGCUGUUGGAUGGCUCAUCUUGACAAUCGGCUCUCAAGUAGGUCUCGCAGCAAUCGGCCUCUGCUACUCGACAGAUACAGCCGAUAAGCGGGCUCUAUUGGUACCAGGCAAUGUGUCUAUCGCCAACAUGGCGUCCAUCGAAACUGAGAGGGUCGUCAAGUCCAAGACUCAAGCUCUAGGUGCUCUGCAGUACACAGCGAACAGCUACGGAACAAUCUCUCUAGCAUACGACACGGCGGAAAUAUCAGCUGCUCCGCUGGCCAGAGCAAUCCAUGUCCCGAGCGAUCCCCUCAUGUUCUGCACAGAAACGGUGUGCAAAUACGUCUUUUACGAAACCUCCACAGCAUCCAUUAAGGAUCCUGACGCCAACCCAGUCACCGUCGCAACAGACCGAAGCGUCAACUCCACGACCAAAUGCACAGCCUGGCCCGUCAUAAGCGGCGGCAACGGCAAUACUACCAACGUGACGGUAGCACUCGAAAACAACCGGUCCUGGGAUAUCUUCAUCCCGAACCGCGGCGGAACCGACCAGACGACCUUCAUGACCUACAGCCAGUUCGACUGCGGGACAGGAUGCUCCAUGAUCAUGGCAUUUGAGGCAUCAGAUACCUCGCCUUGGUAUUACAGCUGCAAUGUCACGAUCGGUCAAGUCGCGAACGCCACCCGUGCCGAGCACCAGGUCGGCGCCAACCUCACGUCUUUAGCCUCGGCCGGCAUCGCUCUGCAGGGAUACGCUGCCUCGUCUUUCGUCAAUGAUACCAAUUUUCAGUAUCAGAUGUAUCCAUCCGAGUCGGUAUUUGGCACACCUAUGAACGGAACCACCUCGGACAUGGAGGCAAUGCUAUCGCGAUUUGCUAUCGGGGUGGUUGCAAUCAGCGCCGACAGUAAUACAAAUCUGGUCGUUGAGGGUGACAUGCCCAUGAAGGGCACGAAGCUCAAUGUCUCACACUGGGGGAUGAUCAACCUGAUUUUGAUCCUUACGGCAUCACUUCAGCUUGUUCUCGGUAUUGGAGUUGCGUUGUGGGCCAACCGGGUCGUGGUGCCCGAUGGUGGUGCGGUGGAAAUGGCACAGGUGAUGAGGACGAUGGCUAUUCGGGAUCGGACGACGAGCACGCCCAGUGAGAAGGGAUCCACUGGUGAGCCACGGUAUAAGUCAUUAUGGAUCUAUCGCGAUACUCUGGUAUCCAAGGAAGGAGGAUUGUAUGACCUGCAUAUGGAGGAGCAGCGUUAUCAUGCGACGAGUGACUCUGGGAUGAUUGAGAUGAGCCAACAGCGGCCAGGGACGGGCCGUGAGUCCACUGCGCCGUCAACGCCUACAAAGUGA